CCGCAUCUCAUACCCUAAUUUUCCCGCUUAGGAGGGCUGCUCAAUCUUCGGGGCCCACCUGCGAGGCGGCGGAGCGUCGCCGCUUUAAGGAGCAGGGCGCUCGCCCCGCCCCCACCCUCGCCCCGCCCCCGGGGCUGCAGCGCGCCUGCGCCCGGCGCCGGCGACCCGGGUUGGGCAGAGCCGGGCGCCGUGCAACUUUCAAGUGAGCUGGGAACUCCGCCCCGCGGCGGGCCAGGCGCCUGGACCGCGGGGACCGUUCGGGCGAGGACUGCGACCCACCACCCCCGGCCCGGACCCGCCGUGGUGCCCCGCGAGGGCCGAACGCCUGGCUCCCCGCGGCAAGCAGCGCGAGUCGUGACUGCCGGGCGGCGCGGCGGGCAGAAGAGCGCGCCAGCCGGUACCGGCUCCCGGCCGGUGCCUCCGUGUGUGGCCUGCCUGCCCGGCCUGCUGGGCUCCCCCUUCUUCCGGCUAGCCGCUCUGCGGAGUUAGGGAGCGGCAGGUUCCGAUUUGGGGGUGCCCCUUCCGUUCCCGCUCCUCCACUGACUCCCCAUCCUGGCCCCGCGGGAGCGUGCCUCUUGGCGUCUUCUUGGGUGGUCUCCCUUCACCCCCGAGGCUGCAGGAUGGUGUCCUGGAUGAUCUGUCGCCUGGUGGUGCUGGUAUUUGGGCUGCUGUACCCAGCUUAUGCUUCGUACAAGGCUGUGAAGACCAAGAACAUUCGUGAAUAUGUCCGGUGGAUGAUGUACUGGAUAGUCUUUGCACUCUUCAUGGCAGUGGAGACCUUCAUGGACAUCUUUAUUUCCUGGUUCCCUUUCUACUACGAGAUCAAGAUUGCUUUUGUGCUGUGGCUGCUCUCGCCCUACACCAAGGGGGCCAGCCUGCUUUACCGCAAGUUCGUCCACCCAUCCUUGUCCCGCCAUGAGAAGGAGAUCGACACCUACAUUGUGCAGGCCAAGGAGCGCAGCUAUGAGACAGUGCUCAGCUUUGGGAAGCGGGGCCUCAACAUUGCUGCUUCAGCCGCUGUGCAGGCUGCCACCAAGAGUCAGGGUGCGCUGGCUGGAAGGCUGCGGAGCUUCUCCAUGCAGGACCUGCGCUCCAUCCCUGAUACUGCCCCCACCUACCAGGAUCCCCUCUACCUGGAGGACCAGGUUCCCCACUGCAGGCCACCCAUCGGGUACCGGUCAGGGGGCCUGCAGGACAGUGACACUGAUGGCGAGUGUUGGUCCGAUACAGAGGUAGUUCCGCAGCCACAAACCCGGCCCCCCCGAGAGAAGCCUCUGAGCCGCAGCCAGAGCCUGCGUGUGAGCAGGAAGAAGCCGCUGGUGCGGGAGGGCACCUCACGCUCCCUGAAGGUUCGGACGAGGAAAAAGACCGUGCCCUCAGACAUGGACAGCUAGGGUCUGCAGAGCCCGGCCCAGUCUUACCUCGGGCCCUGCAGGGUGCUGGGGGCUGUUUGAGGAGCCUCUGGCUGCACGUCCAGGCUAUCCGCACCAGCUGCCCGGGCUCUGCCCUGCCGGCUCCUGCUCUUGGUUACGGGCCACACGCAGGGACGUACUGGCUAUGGGCCAAAGCGGGCUGGGCCCACGCUGCUGUUUACUGCCCUUCUCAUCCCUCCGCCUUCCGGGUGUGGGACCAGAGCCCUCCCCAGACCCCUGCAAAUGAAACCCAAAACCUUGCCAGCUGUGUUCAUUCCUUCUUGUCCUUCCAAAUACUUGACAGCCUUCUCCAAGGCCUUGUGUGUAUCCUGGUUGUAUGUUUUGUGUUGGUGAAUGAGGUCAGGUUUGUGCAGUUUUGAUAAAUAGCUACAUGAAA